AUGCCAGAAUUGGAAAAUUCAGCUAUUUUGCCGCCGCCAAAACCCCCACGAGGUGUUCUUCGUAAAAUAGCUCCAAUGAAGCCUCUACGCCAACCUUUGCGGGUUGAGCCUCUCAUGACAAGUUUGUUUAAAAUCCGUAAAAAUGGAUUAAGUUUUUUUCAGUUGACGAUAACACUGCUAAACAGUUCUCCGCUACGGCACUUUAUGAGAACAUGAAAUCGAACUUUAAAGACAAUGUGACAAUGAAAAGGUAUGCCACAAUGGGUCUUUAAAAAAAGUUAUUUUUUAUCAGGAGUGGCGGAGAGUUUACUGGUGUAGAAGCCGCGGACGUUCUAGAGGGCUUCAUUACCAAAAAUAGGCAUUUGUUUAAAGCUGAGAACAUUACUCGAAUAAAUGCAAUCAAGGUUCCGAAAGCAUCGUAAUAGAAAGAAAAGCACAAAUAAGAUUCAGUUGCUGAACACUUGGCUCCACGAAAACGUUUUCCGGCAGCUGAAUCAGCACGGAUCAAAGGAAUUCCAAGAUUCUGAACGCGUUUUCUACGCACUUUGCCACGAAAAAGACUAUAAGUUAGUGUAACAAAACAAAAUUCAGUAAUUCGUGAGAAGUACAAUUAAAUCGAAUCAGUUAAACGAAAAAGUUGAAAUCAUAAUUAUUUAUGGUGGGGAAAUAUAUUCAUCAGCUUCGUUCUAAGAAAAUUCAUAGCUUUUCUUAGAGUAAAUGCGAAUAAUUACUUCGGACUUUGCAUAAUUCACAAAAAUUCCAGAACAGGACAAAUAAUUGAUCUAUGUAGAUCAGGCUAGGAAAAAUGUUUUUUGAUCUAAAGAAUUCAAACAUUUUUGGCUUUCAAUGUUCUCCGUUUUUUCAUUCCUUCUUUUUCUUCCCAUUCCGGAUAACUAGAAAUAAUCAGGAAACAGUAAAAAUAUUUUUACGUUGAGAAAAGGUUCGCAAUUUUCGCUCUGUGUACUUUAUCAAGAGAAUUAGGGAAAAAAAGACUAGCCUAUUCCGCCCCAGUUUGUCCCGUUUUUUUUAUCUGCCAAAUAGACGGUAUUGUAUCAAAUUUGACCUCACUUUGUUUCAAUACGUUCUUUCUAUUUUUCGUAGAGAAAAAAGGCGAAAAAAACUUUUCUACUUUUCUACUUUCCUAACACACUCCUUUUUUCAGUGAAAAUUUUUAAACUUUUUUUUCUUCAUCUUAUUUUCGGUAAAAUAAUGUUUAAAGGCUGUUCAUCGCGCCUGCCUUUUCCUCGCCAACGCCUACGUUGGGGAGCGAAGAUACGGCGAGCAACACCUCCUCGGCGCUUCGUCCUUCCAGAAGCAGCAGCUUUAAAAGGCUUUUUUCUCCAAUGGGUUCGACAAAUUCCACCACCUGGAAAAGCAAUUUUGAAAUUUUUAAGGGUUGGUCAGGAGGAAUCGUUCAGCCUCUAGAGGAAGGGACAGUAAUACGACACUUUUCAAAUCGACGAUGAGCCUUUUCGGAGGAGAUCGGAGUGAGAAAAAGGCGGCUCGUGAAUUGGAGAAUCGGAUUAAAGAAGGUCAUCUCAACUUUUUCUUUGUCUUCUUUGACUUUCCUUUCAAAAACUGUCAUUUAUCGAGAAAAAAAUUAUUCCUGUUCAAAAGUAUCACAGAGAAUCAAUAUUAUAAGAAAAUAAAUUAUAUUAGAUAUUCCAACCAUUUUAUUUUAGAAGAAGCUGAAAUUUAUGAAAGCGCCUUGUCUUGUCUGCUCAGUCUUGUCGAAAUCCAGUUCCUCGAGGAAAUCGCGAUUCCUCUUGAUUUUGAUGCCAAGGUUUUUUUUCGCUUCGAAAUACAUUGAAGCUUCAAAAUUGUUCAGAAAAAUGCCUCGUUUCUCAGCUCCAUCCUUGAGAAAAUGGGUCUUGGCGGAGAAGAAAGGCCGGAUUCGCGACUAGAAGACGAGAUGGACCUUCUGAUAGAAACCCAUCCUCUCAUUCGGUUCGUUCCGGAGUUAUUUAUUCUAACAAGAUGAUUUGUUUGCAGACCAGCGAGCCAAUGGUUCCAAAUGGCCAGAUCUUGCGCUCCAAUGCUACAUUUGGAGAAGACUUCGGGCAAAAGCAGCGGGAUGCAGAUGUACAUUUGGUGCAAAUCUGCCCUCGAAGCGGUUCGUUUUGGCAAAAAAAUUUUUUUUGGAAAUUCGUGCAUAAUUUUCUUCUUCUUCCAAUUUUCAUUCCUAACGCUUCUGAUUGCUAUGUAAUCAACUUAGAACUUCUGAAUUUAAAAAAAAUAGAGAAAUUUUUACAAGCCAUAUUUAUUCAAUACGAAUAAUAAUACAGUUCAAGGGCCGAAAAAGACCUCUAACAGAACCAAUUUUUCAAAAAAAGGGAAAUUUAAACAUUGAAAACAGCAACAAACCGUUUAAAAAGUUAGAAGAUAUUUUAAGAAAGUCAGCGAGAAGAUGGGUUUUGUUUUUCUAAAUAGAUUUUUGAAUCGCAUAGAAUCAUUAAAUAGAUCAAAUACAACAUCGGGAAGGGAGUUCCAAACAUUAAUUAUUUUUAAUACUAAAAAACGAGGCAACGAUGUUACUAUUAUGUCUUAUAUUUGAACGUAAAUAAUAACGAUGGCGACGCAGCGCUAAUAUUCCUUUGAACCUUCUCAAAAACUUUUGAAUUGAAUCGAAUUAGGAAGAAAAAAAAAACAAAAAUAAAUUUAAGUUUAAUUCAAUGAAGAGUUCGGGUUUAAGCACAAUUUUUUUAGAUUUCGUAAUUUUUAUUUCAUUCAACUUUAGAUCUUGUUUAUAGAAUUUAGGGAUAGUUCCAUACAUUCGAUUUUUUUGAGGUUGAAAAUGCAGAAAAAAGUUCUGUGUCGGCAAAAAAUGUGAACUUGCUGAAAAGUUCUUUCAGGUCUCUGCAAGACUCGAGAAAAUGACGCAACGGGGCGAAAAUCCUCUGGUGCCACGGGAGUUCGACCGGCUGUUGACCGCCAUGGCGGAAAGCCUCUUCGACCGCGGCAGCUCCGAACAGAAACUCGAGAUGUCGUUGCAGUUGGGGCGCACUUGUGUUUGAAGUCUAGCCGGAGUCUGCAGGUAUCUGUGGCUGAUGAUUCCGACGCCGCUGAGAUCCAUGCUCGACCUGAUCCUCCAAUGGCUCGAGUGGACCCAGAAGACGGCCGCCGUUGUCGACCUCCGCAGUCCUUACUACCUCGGACCCGAUGUUGGUUUUUCCGUAGCUCAAAGUGUUUUAGGAGGGAAUUCUGAGAAGAGUUUGAAGUAGUUUUGUAAAAAAUGUGUGGUGGAAAAGCCAGGAAUAGGUAAAAUACUAGGAUUGCUAGAAUUAUUUUAGUUAGAGCUCCAGAAAGUCGUCAAUUUUUUUUUCGGUUCGAUAAGAACUUUUCUAUCCAUUAAAAGUGUUGUUAUUUUUCAAUCAAGUGAAUUUAAUCUGUUUGAGUUUUUGUAUUGAAAUGCUUCUUCUCAUAGAGUUCAGAACAAUAAGCGACUUGCAAGCUUUAGUGACAGAGUUUCCGUUAAUUUGCUUCGUCUAGGUUACAGGUGCCAUUUAAAAACUUUACGAAUAAAAAAAUCUUUUUUUUUUCUAGUGUGGCUCGUCGAAAAACAACUGCGCUGUGAUAAUCGACGAAUUGCGGCCAUAUUUGUUCCCACGAGGAUGUCUUACCAACAACCAGCAGGACGCCUUUAUAAAUGUAACGUUCGAUGAUUUUUCUCUCAUUUUAACUCCUUUUCAAGACCCUUCUCGAGAUUCGAUCGAAAGGAUUGCUUGGCACGCAUCCGGCGCCUCUAGCCAACGCCUUGAAGUUUUUUAUUCCGAAUAAAAAUUCAUUGAAACUUCAAAUUCAGGCGUAAGGCUGUGAUGGACCAGGAAAACGUUUUUCCAGCCAGAAAUUCCCCGCCGAAGGCUCCGCCCACGAAUAUGGAGCAAGAGUUGGUCAACGUCAUGAAGGUCUUUAGAGUUUUUUCUCGUUUCUCACUAGAAAUAUCCGUUCUCGCAUGUAGAAUGGCUUAAAGCGGUUUGAUUUGAACGAACCCCUCUUUUUAAUGUUGGGCUGGCCUCAAAGUACCUGCGCGCGCAAACCGUUUUUUGGUCGGCUGAUUUUGAUUCCACCGCAUCACAAUCAUCGAUUUUCAUAGUCGUCUUAAAUUCACUAGAUAAAUAUUAAGCUCCAGGAAAAAAAUACUCCCCAAAAGACCUUGAUUUUUUGCACUUGAACAAGUUAUCUCAGUUUCCAUAUCAUUUCUAAAUGUUAAUGCAAUUUAAUAUUUUUCAAACAAGUCCAAAUAAUGAGCCUUUUUUGCAGCUGAUCAUCGACAACACGCAGAUGUCCUUGUCGGAAAAGAAGAAACGACUCCGAGAUUUCGCCAAAUUUUACCCCGAAAUUUACGAAAAGCAUUUCAAGGACCUUCGCUGGUAG